GAUGCCUUUUUUUUUAUCAUUUCCCGACUCUUCUCUCUGUUUCUUUGCGAAGGCGAUGGCGAUGCCUUUUCUCCGAAGAUUGAGGUUACGGUUAAGGCCGCCGGCGACGAUUGAGGGAAGAAUAGAGAGGCCGCCGGCGACGAUUAGGCCGGAUUCCCCACUGCAUGUCACGAUCGGGAGUGAGAGAGAUAUGCAAAUCGGAUAUCCAAAUUCAACGGAUGGAGGUGGAGGUGGAUGUGGAUGUGGAAUCUAUGGAGUUGACGGAGGAGGAGAGGGAGAAGAAGGUGAGAAAGGAGAAGGCUUUGAAGGAGAUCUAUGGUAAUUUUGGUUUUGAUUGUUUUCGACUUCAAUCUAAGAUCUUUUGCUUUUAGCUUCUGUUUGCUUUGAUACUGUGAUUUGGUUUCGUUUAAGGGUUUCUUCCGCUUUGAAUCUGAAACCAAAUCUCUUCCCUUUUUUCGAUUUAGGGUUUGAUUUAGAGUUGAAAGAUGUACAACGGGAUAGGGUUACAGACCGCAAGAGGAUCAGGAACUAAUGGUUAUGUUGAGACGAAUAAGUUCUUUGUGAGACCUAGAAAUGGUGGUAAGCCUGUUAAUGGUGGUAAAUGGUUUGAGGAUGAUCAAGGUGUUCCAGUUAAAAGUUAAUGGUGUGGCAUUUAGGUUGAUUCCUGAGUCUACUCAAGUGAAAAAUGCCUUGAAGGUGAGUUGAUUUGUCCAUAGAAUAUAUCUUUGGAUACUCAAAAGCUUUGCUUUUUGUCACCAUAGACGUUAUAGCUGCUGAACAUGACUGUCAUCAUUCAUCAAUGAGGAGACUUUGUGUUAGUUUAGUGCAGGAGACGUUGUGACUAGCUUUUUCGUUUUAACUCUGUCUAGUCUAUAAUAUAUUUUCAGAUACUAUUUUUUCGGGCUGCAUCUAUCAUCCAUGGAAAUUGCAAAAUUGAAGCUGCUGCUAAUGAGGAGAGUGAUGGGGCUGGUGUUUCGAAGAAAAGACCUUGAUGGGGAAGGUAUUUGCUUUAACUUCAUUGCAAGUUUGAUAAGUCUUAUACUUGACUUAAAAGUUAAACCUUUAGGAACUUGUUUGUUUAGUAUAUCUUGUCACUAGUUAGUGUAUCUGUGAUGAUGACCUUGAUGGGUUUUGAUUACUUUCAUCUGCUUCUUGUUGGAGAUUAAGAGUUUUUGACUUAAUUUUUCACUUGUUCUGAUAGAAGUUAACUUUAGAUUAGGUUGAAUGAUUAUGAUCCUUCUAAUUACCAUCGUUUUAUAGAUCUUUAUGAAGCAAAAGAGGAUCCUCGAAAUAAGUACUUGAAGGAGCAGCAACUUAAGAAACUAGAGGAGAAGAACAAUAAUGAAAAAGGUAAUUAUCUGUCUCUGUCUUAGUAAUUACUUGAAUCAUUUUGAAUUUUUAAUGUUAUGUUAAUAUUUCUUUCUUCUUUCUCUGUUUUGGUGAGGUUAAUUGGAGUGGUUGAAACUACAAAUCUCACAAGUGGAGAAGGCAGAAGGCAUCGAUUUAACAGCCUCUAAAUCAAGGUACAGUUUGUGCUGUGAUUAAUGCUUUCUUUGUGUUUGAUUAGGACAGUUUUUGCUUUUGUAAAUGCUUUCUCUGUUAUUUGAAAUAAAUGCUUUCUAGUUGGAGUAUUUUAGGUAAAGACAAUUAGUGUCUUUACUUUGGCAUUCAUUGCUAAUUCUUCAAUAAGUUUCAAUCUUCUUCUUUAAAACACAAUCACUUCCUUUAAAACAAUCACUUUCACUUCCUUUAACCUUCAGCCUAACACAAAACACAAUCACUUUCACUUUCUUAUCUAAAAAAUGGAUGAUAUGAAUCCAUUUUAUCACUCAUCGGGUUUCAUGAACCUAUUGCAAAGUCAACAAGAAGACAUGUCUCAGUUUGCAAGUGGAUCAACUGAAGUCCCAGCAUUUAGUAGUCAACUGUCUGAAGAAGGAAGUGAAGAAGAAGGAAAUGAAGCAUCAGAUGUCAAACCAAAGCAAAGUAUAUCACGAAAGAAAUGGACAGCAAAAGAAGAUAUUGUUCUCGUCAGUGCUUGGCUUAAUACAAGCAAGGAUCCUGUGAUUGGUAAUGACCAACAAGGUCAAUCCUUUUGGAAGAGGAUUGCAGCAUAUGUUGCUGCUAGUCCUUCCCUCGACGGAAUGCCAAAGAGAGAGCAUGCUCAAUGUAAACAAAGGUGGGCAAAGGUCAAUAAAAUUGUCACCAAGUUUGUGGGUUGUCAUAAGACAGCAACAACUCAUAAAACUAGUGGUCAGUCAGAGGAUGAUGUUAUGAAGCUGGCUCACGAGAUCUACUACAAUGAUACCAAGAAGAAUUUCACUUUAGAUCAUGCAUGGAGAGAGUUAAAGUUUGAUCAGAAAUGGUGUGAUCAAACUACUCGGGGAGGAAAGGAUAAUGCUAAAAGAAGGAAGUGUGGGGAUGGUAAUGCAAGUUCCCAGCCUAUCAAUGUUGAAGAAUGAAGAUGAUUCAGUCAUGACUCGACCUCCGGGUGUGAAGGCAGCCAAAGCGAAAGGAAGGAAGUCAGCCACUGUUAACGAAGGAAAGAAGCCAGCCACGGGUAAAGGAGAAGCAGGCCAGUCUGUGGAACAUUUUCAGAAUUUGUGGGAACUAAAGGAGAAGGAUUGGGAUCGCAAAGAGAAGCAAAGCAAGUAUCAGAUGCUUGAAAGUCUACUUUCAAGAACUGAGCCUCUUUCGGACAUUGACUUGUUCCUAAAAAAUAAGCUAAUCACGGAGCUUUGGUCCUAAGUUUUAAAGUUUUAGUUUGGUCCUAAGUUUUAAAGUUUUAGUUUGGUCCUAAGUUUUAAGCUAAGCAUCAGAUGCUUUUUAGUUUUUUUGUCUCAUGUAUGAUAUUGCUUUGUAAGUUCUAGUAUUAUGUCUCAUGUAUGAUAUUGUUUAAAGUUCUAGUUUAAGUCUAUGUACUCUAAAGCUUUGUAACUUGUCUUGUAUGAUAUUGCUUUGUAAUGUAUGAUAUGUCUUGUUGUGUAUCAUGUAUCAUGUUUUAACUUGUCUUGUUUUUUUGCUAGAUGCCAAAGAGAGCAAUGUGUGCAAGUGGUUCAAUGUCUGAUGCCAAAGAGAUCAAUAUGUACCACAAAUAAUUUGUAUGUUUUUUGUGAACCACGAACUUUAUUCUAGCAAAUUUGUACUACAAACGAGCUUAUUCUUUGUGUACCACAAACUUUAUUCUUUAUGUUUUGCCUUUGCUAUAAAUAAUAUCCAUCGUUUGUAGAUGUCUCACAACUCAAGCUUUUCUAAUAUUGUUCUUUGCUUCAACUACAAAAAUUAUUUUUCCCUUAAUUUUUCUUUGCUUUUACCACAAAACAAUCAAUCACCAAAGCUUUUAUAUAUAUCUAUAUUGUUUAAUACUUAAACCUACCAAACAAUAUGGCCUCUUCAUCUCGUACUCCAUUCGACGACGCCAUGGAAGAAAGCUACUCUCAACCACUUGAUCAACAAUUCGAGAAUAUGUUCGUCGAAUUGUCUAAUGGCGAAGAGGUUGCAAAGAAAAAUAGGAAACGAGCUUAUUUUGAUAGAAAACGCGAAGAAGGGCACGUCCUUUUAUGGAACGAUUAUUUUAGUGAUAAUGCGAUGUUUCCACCUCAAACUUUUCGCCGCCGUUUUCGAAUGAACAAGCCGUUGUUCUUGCGUAUUGUUGAGCGACUCUCCAGUGAAAUCCCGUUCUUUCAACAUCGAAGAGAUGCCACAGGAAGGUUUGGACACUCUCCAAUACAAAAAUGUACGGCAGCCAUUCGUUUGCUUGCUUAUGGUUAUGCGUCUGAUGCGGUUGACGAAUACCUCCGUAUGGGUGAAAGCACUGCGAUGUCUUGCUUGGAGAAUUUUACAGAGGGAAUUAUUUCUUUCUUCGGAGAUGAAUAUCUAAGAGCACCUACAGCCACAGAUCUGAGAAGACUACUCAAUAUUGGAAAGAUACGCGGAUUUCCCGGGAUGAUAGGAAGUCUCGAUUGUAUGCACUGGGAGUGGAAGAAUUGUCCCACCGCUUGGAAAGGCCAGUAUACACGUGGCUCUGGAAAACCAACCAUCGUUUUAGAGGCGGUCGCAUCACAAGAUCUCUGGAUUUGGCACGCAUUUUUUGGACCUCCAGGUACCUUAAACGAUAUAAAUAUUCUUGAUCGAUCACCAAUUUUUGAUGAUAUAUUACAAGGUCGAGCUCCGAAUGUGAAUUACAAAGUCAAUGGCCGGGAGUAUCAUUUAGCUUACUAUCUCACAGAUGGUAUUUAUCCGAAAUGGUCGACUUUUAUCCAAUCUAUUCGACUACCACAAACUCGGAAAGACACUUUAUUUGCUACACAUCAAGAAGCGGCCCGUAAAGAUGUCGAACGUGCAUUUGGAGUAUUGCAAGCUCGCUUUCACAUUUUUAAAAACCCAGCUCUUGUUUGGGAUAAGGAAAAAAUUGGAAAUAUUAUGAAAGCAUGUAUCAUACUGCACAAUAUGAUAGUCGAAGACGAACGAGAUGGGUACAACACUCAGUUUGAUGUUUCAGAAUUCCUACAAGUUGAAGGAAACCAAACUUCACAAGUCGAUUUAUCGUAUUCUACAGGUAUGCCUCCAAAUAUCGAGAAUAUGAUGGGCAUGCGAAAUCAACUUCGUGAUCAAAAUAUGCAUCAACAAUUGAAAAGUGAUUUGGUUGAGCAUAUAUGGAGAAAAUUUCGCAACAAUCAACAGAAUAACUAAUCGUUUUUUUUUUUUCAAAUUUAUUUUCAAAUGUAUGAAAUUAUUGUAUCUUUAAUAUGUUAUGAAUUAUAAU